AUGCGCGUCCUCGCGUUAUCCAUGGCUGCGCGCACCGCCAUCGUCGCCGCAGCUGCGGGCUCCUUGACCACCACCUCCAACUCCGCCACUCGUUCCGCUUCCUCCGUGCAAGCUUCUGAUUCCUCCGCCGCGGCCCUCCAACGCCGCCCUCCUGCCUCGCUGCACCACCCGAAUCCGCUGCCUCCAUCCCAGUCGGCCCAGCAACAGAAUCAGCAGCAGCAGGCUCUCGUGGGCGUGAGAGCGUCGCUUGAGGCGCCUCAACCUCAAGCAGCAGCAGGCGCAGGGAUGGGAAUGCGAGCUUCCUUCGACGCUCCUCAAAGCACAGCAGUCGGGGCGAGAGCGUCGUUUGAAUCGCCUCAGAGCACCGCGGUGGGCGUGAGAGGGCCGCUGCAGCAGACGCUGCGGUGGGAGGCGGAAGGCAGGGGGCGCGGGGGGAGAGGCGGGGGGCGGGGGAUGGGCAGGGGCGGGCGGACGGGCAGGGAGAUGCCGCUGGGGGUGGCGAGCGCGGUGAGGGGAGGGGGAGGGGAGCCGGCAGGGGGAUGGGGUGGUGGGGGCGGCGGGGGAGGGGAGGGGGAGGGUGGGUGGGGAGACGCUAUGAGGGGAAGCGGAGGUGACAGUUUGCGGGGAUGGGGUGCAGGGCAGGCGCGAGGGGGAAUGGGGGAAAGGGGAGGGGCGAGGGGAGGGGAGAGGGGAGGGGAGAGGGGAGGACAAAGAGAAAGAGUAAGAGAGGGGGAGAGGGGAGGAGAGAGAGGGGGAGUGAUGAGAGGAGAGCGGGGAGAAGAAUGGGUUGCACUGCGAGGAGGGGGUGGGGGAAGGGGGAGUGGCGGAGGUGGCGGAACGGGGGAGCGGAGUGGAAGGGAAAGGGAGGAAUGGGACUAUAACGAUGGGAAUUUGACUGAUGGGCAGGGCGAGUGGAAUGCGGAUAGUGACGAGGGUUGGGAUAGGGAAGGAGGAGAGGGGCUGCGUGGGGAGAUAAGGGAGAGGUUUGGGCAGGGAGAGGGAGGGGUAAGGGACGAGGGAGUGAGAGGGCAGGGGGGACGGAGAGAGAAUUCAUCAUGGAGAGGGGAUGAGCAGGCGAGUGGUGAGUAUAACGAGGGGAGGAAUGGGAGGGUGGGGGGAUUGGGAAGGGAUGGUGGUGUCUGGGGGAGAGGAGCAGGCGAGCAGUCUGGUAUGAGGAGCGGGGAGAGGGAAGGGAGAGGGGGAGAGGGGCAGUGGAGGGGCGGUGGGGAUGGAUGGAGGGAGGCAGGGGAGGGAGGGCGAGCGGGAAGGGAGCAAUGGGGUGGGAGGGCAAGCGGAAGGGAUGGGGGAGGUGGUGCUGUAGCACGAGGGGGCGAGUAUGGUGGUGGUGAUUAUGUGGGGAGUGAUAGAAGAGGCGAGGGAGAGCGAGGGCGGCGAGGGUGGGGCGCUGUUGGUGAAGAGGAGAGAGGUGAGGAGGGGAGGGAUGAGAUGCUAUUGCGGGUUGGGGGGGAGAGUGGUGCUGGUGGGAGGGAGUGGGGUGGGCGAUCGGGAGAGAGGGAGGAAGAUAGAAGAGAGGGUAAGGGAGUGGAGAGAGAAGAAGAAACCUGGGAGACAAACGCACUGCUGCAACAGCAGCAGCAGCAGCAGCAGCAGCAGCAGCAGCAGAGAGGAGCACAGGAGAACGUGGGGACAAGGGGGGAUGCUGGCGGAGCUAGCAUAGUUGGUGGUGACAGUGCAUCUUUUGCCCCCAGGGCAAUAGAACCCGGCCCCGGCACAUCGCUCUCCAUGCGGGAGCGCUUCAACCAGUACAUGUCCGAGGGGCAGACCCUCCUGCAGGAGGGCCGCGGUGGGCUGCAGGGGCGCAUAGAGAUCGGCAUGGCGGAGGCCUUCUUGGAGCGCGCCACUGCGCUGUUUGAGCGCGCGUGCCAGCUGGACCCCGUGAGCGUGGCGGCCGUGGGGCAGCUGGGGAACGCGCUGCUGGCUCACGGGGAGGUGAAGCUGAGGACGGUUCAGCUGCUGCGGGGGCAGUCGCCGCUUGCUGGGCUGCUGGGAGGGGCCGGUGGGGCGAGGGGCGAGGGAGCGGGGGGGUUGGCAGGGGUGCAGCAGGAGCAGGUGGGUCGGGAGGCGGCGGCAGUGAUGGACAGGCUGGCGGAUGAGUGCGAGCAGCUGCUGGUGCAGGCGGGCCGGCAGUACCGCCAGGCGCUCAGCAUGGACAGAAGGGACGCCAGGGCGCUCUUCAACUGGGGGCUCGCGCUGUGUUAUCGCGGGCAACUGGUUGCUGAAGAGGCUGGGGACAAUGAGGAGUACAAGGCGCUAGCAGACCGCAUGUUCUGUGCCGCCAUUGACAAGUUUGAGGCCAUGCUCUCGAUGACCAACCGUUGGCACGCCAGUGCUCUCCUCAACUGGGCGCUGGCCCUUAGAGACCGUUCACGCCUGCGCCCGCUCUCCUCCGUCUCGCGCCUGCGCUUAACCCAGGAGGCCCUGCAGCUGCUGCGGCAGGCCGCUAAGCGAGACUCUCCGCUAAGUGACGGGUCCCCCAGGGAUCCGACGUUUUCAGAGGUGCGGAAUGCGCUGGUGCUGUGUGAAGCUGAGGUGGCGAAACUGAAGGAAAUGGUGGGGAGGAGUGCGGAUGGUGGGAGAGGGAGUGGGGGCAGGGACGUGGGAGGGGGUAGAGUGCUGAGGCCUGGCAAUGAUACGAACAUGCCAGGCUGGUAG